AUGAGCUCCCAACUCCACAACACUUUGCUCCUGCUCCCGCUCUUCGCCGCCGCCGCUGCUUUGGGCCGCGGCGGCGCAGGCGGCGCCGCCUCGACUGCGCCGUCGCUGGAGUUCCACCACCGGUUCUCCGCACCGCUGCGGCGGUGGGCGGAGGCCCGAGGGCGCGCGCUCCCUGGCGGGUGGCCGGCACCCGGCAGCGCCGCGUACGUCGCCGCCCUUGCCGGGCACGAUCGCCACCGCGCGGUGUCGGCUGCAGGAGGCGGUAGCAGCGGCGCACCUCCACUCACUUUCGCCGAGGGAAAUGCCACCCUCAAGGUCAGCAACCUCGGAUUUUUGCACUAUGCUCUUGUGACCGUUGGCACACCGGGCCAGACGUUCAUGGUGGCGCUGGACACAGGCAGCGACCUCUUCUGGCUGCCUUGCCAGUGUGACGGCUGCACACCGCCAGCGACUGCUGCUUCUGGAUCAGCUACAUUUUACAUCCCUGGUAUGUCAUCAACUAGCAAAGCAGUUCCGUGCAAUAGCAACUUUUGUGAUCUUCAAAAAGAAUGCUCCACAGCAUUGCAAUGUCCAUACAAGAUGGUGUAUGUCUCUGCGGGCACAUCAUCUUCUGGAUUUUUAGUUGAGGAUGUGCUUUAUCUCUCAACAGAGAAUGCCCAUCCUCAAAUUCUCAAGGCACAAAUAAUGCUUGGUUGUGGACAGAAUCAAACUGGGUCAUUUCUGGAUGAUGCUGCUCCUAAUGGUCUUUUUGGACUUGGAAUAGAUGAGGUUUCAGUUCCCAGCAUUUUAGCACAGAAAGGUCUGACAUCUAAUUCCUUCUCGAUGUGCUUUGGUCGUGAUGGUAUUGGGAGAAUCAGCUUUGGAGACCAAGGCAGCUCAGACCAAGAAGAGACACCUCUUGACAUCAACCAACAACAUCCCACAUAUGCCAUCACUAUAAGUGGGAUUACUAUUGGAAAUAAACCAACAGAUUUGGACUUCAUUACAAUUUUCGACACUGGUACCUCCUUCACAUACUUGGCAGACCCAGCGUAUACUUAUAUUACCCAGAGUUUUCAUGCACAAGUUCAGGCAAAUCGCCAUGCUGCUGACUCCAGGAUUCCUUUUGAAUAUUGCUACGAUUUGAGCUCUAGUGAAGCAAGAUUUCCAAUUCCUGAUAUAAUCCUAAGAACAGUUACUGGAAGUCUGUUUCCUGUUAUUGAUCCAGGGCAAGUAAUCUCCAUUCAGGAACAUGAGUAUGUUUAUUGCCUGGCAAUUGUCAAGAGCAGGAAGCUCAACAUUAUUGGACAAAAUUUCAUGACUGGUCUUCGUGUGGUGUUCGAUCGAGAAAGGAAAAUUCUUGGAUGGAAGAAAUUUAAUUGUUAUGAUACUGAUAGUUCAAAUCCUCUCUCCAUCAACUCCCGGAAUUCAUCAGGUUUCUCAUCUUCAACCACUGAGAACUACUCUCCUCAGGAAACAAGGAACCCAGGUGGUGCUUCCCAGUUGAGACCCCUGAACAAUUCAUCACCAGCAGCCUUAUAUGAUAGCUUGCUCAUGAUGCUUAUUUUGGUCCACUUGGCCAUUAUGUUCUGA